AUGGGAUCGCGGCGAUCCACGAGACUAAAUGUGAUCCUAGGGGGAGCGGCACCACCACCACAAGGUUCCACCAUGGGAACCACCGCUGUGGCUACCCGCGGCGAGGUUCAUGGCACCACUACCACGGCCCGAGCCGUGCCGCCAAAGCAAGCCCAAGUCGUGCCAUCCAAGGCUCAUGGCACUAAGGCCAUGACCCAAGCCAUGUCAUUCCAAGCCAAACAUGAGCCCAACACUUUGCCAAACCGAGCCUUAGCCUCGCACCCACGUGUGCCACACGCCGAGCAGCCCACUUCCGUGGCCCAACUUACUCCCAUCGAGCAGCCUGCUUUCGUGGCCCAGCCUGCUCCUGCUAAACAAUCUGCUCUCGUGGCCCAGCCUGCUCCCGUGGUCCAACCUGCUCCCACCGAGCAGCCUACUCCUGUGGCCCAGCCUACUAUCGCAGCCCAGUCUGUUCCCGCUCCCAUGGCCUUCCAACUAGCCUAA